UCUUUAAAUCUCAUUGAUUACAUUAUACGCCAUUUUUAUUAAAUACAUUUAUUCAUUAUGUUUUAAUUAAUACAUAUUGUUGUUAUCUAUUUUGGGGCUUUACAACUAUUGGGGUUUUAAUUGAAAUUAAACAAUUAUGUGGUCAUCACUGUUGAUAUCAAUCAGUGCUUUAAUUAGCUUAUCAUUGGGUCAGUCAUCAAACAGACUCGACGUCUUAUCUAAUGAAUUGUUGCAACAAUUUAUGACACGAUUAGACAACAAUCAAAACUUUGAUGACAUUACCUACGAGUCAAGGAAUCUAAAUCCAAUUCGAGUAACAAAAGGAUCGCCAGAUUAUGACAUUCAUCCGUUUAAGUUUCAGACACGAGAUUCAGACAUACUGUUGCCACGGGAACCGGUACCACGUAAAGAAUAUUUAGAGCACUCGACUCUUUGGGGUCACCAGUAUAUGCAGGGCGGCGCCGGUGAGGGCAGUCAACGACUCAAACCAGAUGGUAGUAUACAUAACGUACAGGUGAUCAAAACAGAUGCAGUAUUGCCUGCCUAUUGUAAUCCACCGAAUCCGUGCCCUAUUGGAUAUACAGCUGAUAUGGGAUGUAUUGAGGACUUUGAAAAUACAGCCGCUUUUAGUCGCGAAUAUCAGGGAUCACAGGAGUGUAUGUGCGAUACGGAACAUAUGUUUGACUGUCCGGGAAAUACAGAUGAAAAUGAAUUGGAGACAUUAGCCCGAUCCAUACAAAAUGAAGGUAUUAUGGACUCAACUAUCGACAAACUAGUCGGUGGACUACAUGAUGACGGAUCGGAACACAAAGUGGUGGCCAAAAAGUUUUUUACUAAACAGACUCAAAACAACUAUUUAAAACAUGUCAUCAAAAAGGCACACAAUGUCGGCUCCAAAGCUGACAAACUCACAAAAAAUCCAUACCUUGUCGGCGAUCAACUACCAGUUGUGGCAAAAAAGAGUCCACAUUUGGCUAAAGGCAUAUAAAAACUAUUUAUAAAUUUUUUGUUUAAUAAUUUUAUAAAACAACUACAAAUUUAUCUUAAUUUUUAAAUUAUUUGACCAUUUGUUAUAUCAUAUUAUUAAAAAUU